AUGGGUCUCCGCACUCUGGGUUUCCGUGAUGGCUUCGACGAGCGAGGGGCUGUCGGAGCUAGUGUUUCGUCAAGGGCAUGCGGCAGGACUCCGUUGAUCACCGAAAUGACUGACGUCAGGGAGAUGGGAUGGUCAACCGUUGGAGACGAUUCGAUUGCAAUUUGUGUCGCAAUUAUUGUUCGAGUCCUUUGA